UAUGGGUUCCCAGUGUAGUUUUACAAUCCUCCAAUCACAUUUGAGAAUGAUGUAAACAAGGAAGACGGUAGUGUCACAACCGAUUCUCUGGUCACAACCGAACAACAGGGAAGUAGGGAAGAGAGUGAACAGGAAACUGAUGAUCAAUUCCAGGAUGGAAGAACGCGAUAAAAAGAUUCUCCAGCGCAAUAGAAUGAAUCUCGUGAGAGCUCUGGACCCUUCAGAUAUUUAUGAUGGCCUUCUGUCAAGAGGAAUCUUCACUCAGGACAUGAUUGAUGAAAUAAAGAGCUCAGGACCACGGAGGGACCAAGCUAGGCAGCUGGUCAGGGACCUGGAGACCCGAGGGAGGCAGGCCUUCUCUGCAUUUCUGGAGUGCCUUUGUGAGACAGGACAGCAAAGCCUGGCAGAGAUUCUACAGAAUGACAGACCACCAAGCCAGACUCUCCCUCUCCCUCCUGUCCAUGUUCGCCCAGUCGUACAGCCAUUACCUGUCUAUUCUCCCAUGGAUAAUGAUAAGCAUGUGGAAGUCAGAACCCCCGCCCCUAUCUAUCCAACUACACCUGUGAAGCCAACCACUCCAAGUCCAUCCCCGGAAAGAGAGUACUUCAGACCACACUCAACUGGAAGAAUUAGACGUGACAGUAUUCAGACCUACAAACUGGAUGCUAGUCCCUGUGGACAGUGUCUCAUCAUAAACAAUGUGGACUUUGAACCAAAGUCUGAGCUGAGUAACCGUAAAGGGUCAGAUAUAGACUGUGAUAAACUGGAGCAACGUUUCAGAUCCCUCAACUUUGUUGUUGUAGUAAAGAGGAACCUGAGACAAAAGCAUAUAAGACAGGAGCUUUCAGCUUUGUCCAAGAUGGACCAUUCCCAAUAUGACUGCUGUGUGGUGAUCAUUCUAUCACAUGGGACUGAGGUAAGUCACAACCGUUUCCCUGGUGCAGUGCAUGGGAUAGAUGGGCCCUCGGUUCCAGUCCAGAUCAUUACUAACUACCUCAAUGGCCAGAACUGCCCAUCUCUGCAGGGGAAGCCUAAACUGUUCUUCAUCCAGGCCUGUGGGGGAGGUGAGCGAGACAUUGGCUUUGAGGUGUCCCCAGAUGAUGAUGUCAUGCCUGGGAUUGGAGGAGCAGACGACCAGACAGAUGCCAUUCCAACGUCCUCCAGCAGUGACUCUCUGAGCACAUCCGAUGAACCGGAUGCCAGGGUCACACUGCCCACACCCAGUGACAUCCUGGUGUCCUACUCAACCUUUCCAGGCUACGUUUCUUGGAGAGAUCCCCAGGCUGGCUCCUGGUAUGUAGAGACCUUAGAUCGGAUCCUGGAGGAAACUGCUUCUGAAAAUGACUUGGUCACCAUAUUAAUGAUGGUGAAUAAUGAAGUCUCCCUGAAUUCUGCCAAAGGCCUCUAUAAACAGAUGCCUGGUUCCUUUAACUUCCUUCGCAAACUUUUCUAUUUUCAAGCCCAGAGACAAAAUCAGACAUAAAUGUCUGGAAAAGUUUCUUCUCAGGAGAUUUGAGAGUAGUUUAGUUUAGUUUGUCUAAACUAAUUGAUACACAGAAUUAACUUUAGGAGAAAGGGGCUGUAUUAUGUGACUUUUUGUCAAAAAAGUCUUAAACUUAGACUAUUAAUGAACCCAUGACUAAUGUUCUGACCAUGGAGAGAAAUUCAUACAAUUACAAUCAUGCCAACUUUGUUCUUAUUCAUCAAUACUUUUUCUGUUUUAUGAAUGUUUUACCGAGAUGUCUAUAAUGAUUAUUAAUGUCGAAAUCCAAUCGUCAGUUCUUUAUUUGUUCUCUUUUUACAGUUUUAAACUCCUUUGUACAAUCAAUCUUAAGAUACAAUCAAUCUUAAGAUGACAAUACUUUAUUAAAAACGUUUAUAAAAUGUUAUUUUUGGGCAACCUGAAAA